UGUGUGUGUGUGUGUGUGUGUGAUGUCUGGGGUUUUUGUAAGAAAAGGAGGCAAAUACAGCUGUAAUAGGUUGUGUUAAAUUUUGUUUUGCUUUAUAAUGGAUUUAGGGCCUCUUGCGGCAUUACAAAAAUUUGGUGCUAUAAUUUGAAUCCCAUGAUGCUGGUGUAUCACUCUUUUCAGCAGCCUGUAGUCCUGGUGAUGGGGCAGCCAUGGAGAUCUCAUGGCUAACAGAGAAAUCCUGUGUACAUGCUCUCAUUUCACACUGUGUGUGUCUUUCAUGCGAUUUUUCUUAGGUAGGGACUCAUGGGGUCUUAUAUUCAUUCACUGUAAAUUAUAUGCACACGUUCUCUGGGCCAGCAUUGUUUCAGAUGCAAGGAAAAUAGCAUUGAGCCAACCAAAGUUCCUGCCCUCAUGGACUUUACUUUUUAGUAGGAGAGGUAGAUCGUGAACAAGUAAACAUAAUGCAAUGUCAGAGAGUGCUUUGAAGAAAAGUAAAGCGGAUAAAAGGCAUAAAGUGAUGGGGUGUUAUUUUAGAUAGAUGUGUACAGUUAGCUUCCUGCUAGGUAAGCCCUAGGCUGGUUCACCAGAUAUCCCUUUUUUCUUUAUUCUUAGAGACACAAUAUGGUAUAAUGAAAGGAGUGGGGCAUUCAACUUGUGGCCUACUUAGCUGUGUGACCAUGGAAAGUUACUUAACCUCUCUGAGCCUUAGUUUCUUCAUCUGUGGAAUGAGAAUAAUAAUGCCCUCUUUUCUAUUGUGAGAAUUAAAGGUGAAUGCCCAGCACACAGAGAAACAGUCAGUAGUUGGUAGCUAAUAUUGCCCCGAGGGCCUCCGGGACCUGUGUCCCUGCAUGGCUUGCUCUGCCAGCAUGGAGUCCUUGCAGCCCAGGACAGCUGUGGAAGAGAUCACAAGGUGCAGGAGUCAGUAUGGUGCAAAUAGCUAUGGGCAACUUGGCCUUGGCCACAAGGAAGAUGUGCUUUUGCCCCAGCAACUGAGUGAAUUCUGUAAACCUGGAUGUGUCAAGAGGAUCACGGGAGGAGGGGGCCACUCUGCUAUUGUCACAGAUCAAGGAAGCCUUUUUGUUUGUGGCCUGAACAAAGAUGGGCAACUGGGGCUUGGUCACACCGAGGAUGUCCUUUAUUUCACCCUCUGCAAAUCCCUCCUUGGCUGUCCCAUCCAACAGGUGGCCUGUGGCUGGGAUUUUACCAUUAUACUUACAAAAAAUGGUCAAGUUCUGUCAUGUGGGUCCAACUCCUUUGGCCAGUUAGGAGUUCCUCAUGGGCCUCGAAGAUGUGUGGUCCCCCAGGCCAUUGAGGUCCAGAGAGAGAAGGUUGUUAGUAUUGCUGCUGGACUGAGGCAUGCGUUAGCUGCAACAGCUAGUGGCCUCGUGUUCCAGUGGGGAACUGGUUUGGCAUCAUCUGGACGGCGGUUGUGCCCUGGGCAGACGCUCCCACUGUUUUUGACAGCAAAGGAACCGAGCAAAGUGACAGGCCUAGAGAAUUCUCAAGCAGUAUGUGUUCUUGCUGGCUCAGGUCACUCUGCUUCCCUGACAGAUGCAGGAGAGCUGUAUGUUUGGGGAAGCAACAAACAGGGGCAACUGGCUUCCCGGGCUGCUUUCCUUCCUCUACCCCAGAAAAUAGAAGCACAUCGUUUUCAGAAUGAAAAGGUGGCUGCCGUCUGGAGUGGGUGGACGCACCUGGUUGCUCAGACAGAAACUGGCAAGGUGUUUACCUGGGGCCGAGCGGACUAUGGUCAGCUGGGGAGGACGUUGGAGUCUCCUGAAGGCUGGAAACCGAAGAAGCAAGCUUCAUCCUUGCCCUGCUCCAGGCCAGCGAGGAGUGUGCCUUCGUCCCUGCCUUGCUUAACGGGAGCGACUGAGGUCUCUUGUGGCUCAGAGCAUAACCUGGCAGUGGUUGGUUUCCCCAAUUCUUUUGCAUGGUUUCCCAUGAAGUUCCUCUUGACCUGUACUGUGUUUGGAGCCAGGCCACUCCCAUGGCAGAGGGUGGUGAGCCCUGCAGUUUCCUGUUUUAGACAGAGGAAGAACUGCUGGUGUUGGGCAUAGAGAAACUCAUGUGACAAUCGGGAAGGAAGAGCUGAAGCCAUUGGCCGUGGCUGGCCAGGCCACUGUCCAGCUGUGAGGCUUGUACACUCACUCUUCCUCACUGAGUCUGAUUCCUCAUCUGUAAAACCAGCAUACAAUACCCACCGCUAAAAGUCGUUCUUCCAAAUGGCACAGGGAUGUCAGGUGCGUGCGCAGUGCCUGACACAGAAUAAGUGCUCAGUAGAUGAACGUGGCAGAUUCCCGAAUUCAUUUGCUUGCCUGCUUGCUUUCUUUUCACCCAGGACUUCCCUCCACCUCUGACAAAGCUGGCUGGCUCAAAUUCGUGGGUGUAGGCUGAGGUCAGCAGAGGUGAGAUGAGGGCCUGUGGCCACCACUUGCCCAGAAGAUCCCUGCCUGCCAGAGGCAGGCUCCCUAGGCCCAGCUCCGUCUUCGGGGCCCUCGCCUCCUUGUCUGGCUGAAUUGGCUCCAGCUGUUUUCCUUCCCCCCAGGAGCAGCUUAUUUUGGCUUGAAUGGGCAAUUUGUUUGCCUUCUCUCCUGAUGUGCGGUUGUUCAGCCUUCCCUUCCUGCAGAGAAAAAAGAGCUGACUACAUUUCCUCUCUCCGGCUCCACGCAGACCCUUGGAAGGGAUUUUAUUGGUGGCCUUUUCCUGGAGCACUCACACUUGCCAGACAGGCAUUGUUAAAGGGUUAGAUAUUUGGCAGCAAAGCGUACUGCCUCCUCCUCCAAGCAAAAGCAGCUCCUUCACUACAUUGGAGCUAUAAUCUAUGCAAGCAUCUUUUACUUUUAUUUUUUCAUUGCACUGAUGCUUUCCAAUUGUUGAGCCUUUCUGCCUUUGUAAUAUGUGUGGCAGAACAUCUGACCGUGCACGGGGUCGUGUAAGAAUUUAAUAGAGAAAACGAACUCAUUUUGACAGUGGCUGUUCCUCUGGGAAGCCAUACCUCCAAAGCCCGGAGCCUUGUAGAGAGUUUAGAGGCCAAGACAGACAUAUAUGGUCCUGUACCCAGUGUGAUGAACAGAGCGUAAAUGCUUUAUGUAUGUUGUCCCAUUUAAUCCUCAUACAAUUGAUGCACUGUUGUUAACCCCAUUAGGCCGAGCAUUUUGCCCACCAGGUCAUCGGUAAGGAGGAACCAGGGUGUCAGCCUUUAACCCAGGCCUCUCACUUCAUACACAACCUGUGGCCUGCUGCUGCCUUCCUGCAGACCAGCGACAGUCUGAUCUGUUUUUAAAGCACCAGUUAAAAUGAUUUCAUCUCCAGGCCUCUCACUUCAUACACAACCUGUGGCCUGCUGCUGCCUUCCUGCAGACCAGCGACAGUCUGAUCUGUUUUUAAAGCACCAGUUAAAAUGAUUUCAUCUCUUCAUUUCAAUGUUAAUUCCCCUUCAUGUUGGCAGGUUCCUCUGUACAUUUAGAUCAUAUGUAAUCUGGUUCAGAUUAAGCAUUUCUCGGCAUAAUUACCAGAUAAAAUCAUGAAAUUGAUGACAUUGUAUUGUCAUCACACUUCCCUCUCUGGCUUCUGAGGUUCCCACCCCUUUUAGGAUUCUUCUUCACCCUUCCAUUGUCCCUUCUCUUAAAAUUUUUUAAAUUUAAUUUUUAUUAUUAUUUUAAUAAUUUUUCAUUAUUAUUAAUACAUGUACCUUACUUAAAAUUUAAAAAGCACACAAAAAUUUAAAAUGAAAAACUUCCCUCCUACUUUCUCUCCUAUCUCUCCAGUGUCCCAAAACCCUUCCACCACAUGUGCAGCUACUGCCUAUUGUUAGUUUCUUCUGUAUCCUUCUGGAUUCUUUUGCAUUUAUAAGUGAAUACUGAGAUAUAUUUUUAUCCCCCCUUUUACAUAAAUUGUGGUGUACUUUACAUGCUUUUUAGGGUCUGCCUUUUUUUUUUUUUUUCAACAAUUGAUCUGAGAGAUCUUUCCAUAUCAGUAUAAAAGCCUUUCUCGUUUGUCACUAUAAUUAUGUAAUAGUUCAGUGUACCUGUGUGCCAUGAUGGACAUUUAGGUAAUUUCCAGUCUUUUGCUUAUUACAAGUAAUGGUGUAGUGAAUUACCUUGUAUAUAUGUUGUCUCAUGUGUGGGUGAGUGUAGCUGUAGGAAUUUAUCCUAGAAGUAAAAGUAUUAUGUCAAAGAGUAAAUGUAUUUGUUAUUUUGCAAGAUACUGCAAAAUUGGCCUCCCUAGGAAUUCACCAUUUUUCACUCCCACCAACAGUGUAUAAGAGUGCCUGUUUCUGCAGCUUCCCUAAUAAUGAGUUAGAAAACUUGUUUUUUUGCCAGUUUAAUAGGUGAAAACCCACUCAGGAUGGUUUUGGUUUAUAUUACUUUUUAAAUUGAAGUUCAAUAGGUAUACAAUAAAGUGCAUACAUCUUAAGGGUUCAGUUUGAUGAAUUUUUACAUAUGUGUAUACUUAAGAAACCACCACCCAGCACAAGAUACAGAACAUUUCCAGCACCUCAUACUACCUCCUGCUCCUUGUCAGUCAAUAGUCCAACCCCAGAGGUGACCCCAUUCUGACCUUUGUCUCCAGAGAUGAGUUCUUGCCCGUUGUUGAACUUCAUAUAAAUGGUGUCAUACAGUGUUUACUCCUUUGUGUUUGACUCAUUUGUUCAACACAUUGUGUCCGUAAGAGUCAUCUGUUCUGUAUAUAGCAAUAGUUCUUUUUUAUUGAUUAGUAAUAUUCCACUUAUGAAUACAUUAUUAUACUCAUUUAUCCACUUAACUGUUGAAUAUUUGUGUUGUUUCCAGAUUGAAGAUUGUGAGUAAAGCUGCUAUUGACAUUCAUAUCUUUUGGUGAACAUAUCUGUUUAUUCUCCUGAGUACCUAACUAAGAGUUGGAGUGCUAUGUUACUAGGUUAUAUGUAUAGUAUUAGUAGAUUCUGCUCAAGAAUUUUAAAAAGUAGUUUACUAAUUUAUAUUUCAGUCAGCAACAUAUGAGAGUUCUAAUUGUGCCAUAUCCCUGCCAGGUAUUUUCAGCCUUACUGAUUUAGGCUGUUUUGCUGAGUGUGUAGUGUGAAAUCUCACUGUGAUUUUAAUUUGCAUUACUCUGGUGAUCAGUGAUAUGGACUACCUUUUCAUCUGCUUAUAGGCCACUCGGGUAGCUUCUUUUAUCUCCUGCAAACACUUUGUCCAUUGUUUUAUUGUGGGUUUUGCCUAUGUUUUUCUUAGUGGUAUUUAGGGAUCCUUUAUCUUAUGAAGUCCUUUGUUGGAUAUUUGGAUUGUGAAUAUCUCCUAGGCUUACUCUUUUGCUCCCUGUCUCUCUCUCUUUUUUUUUUUU